GGGGGUGGCGGAGCGCUGCGACAUGGCGGCACCGCCGCGCCGGGAGCCGGAGGCGUCCCCGCAGCCGCCCUCCCCGCUGCCGCCGCCGCCACUUCCCCCGGCGCCCGGUAAACAGCGAGAGGAGAAAAAAACGGCGCUGAGCAAAGUAGUCAUUCGACGCCUUCCUCCUUGUCUAACUAAGGAGCAACUGGAGGAACAGUUACAUCCUCUACCUGCCCAUGAUUAUUUUGAGUUUUGCACUGCUGAUCCCAGCCUUUAUCCUCAUCUUUACUCGAGAGCAUACAUUAACUUUAGAAAUCCUGAGGACAUCCUUCUUUUUAGAGAUCGCUUUGAUGGCUAUGUCUUCAUUGAUAAUAAAGGUUUGGAGUAUCCUGCUGUGGUUGAAUUUGCUCCGUUCCAGAAGAUUUCAAAAAAGAAGUUAAAAAAGAAAGAUGCCAAAGCCGGGAGCAUUGAAGAUGAUCCAGAAUAUAGGAAAUUUUUAGAGAGUUACUGUGCUGAUGAAGAGAAAAUCUGUGCCAAUCCUGAGACUCUUUUGGGAGAGAUUGAGGCCAAAACAAGGGAACUCAUUGCUAGAAGAACAACACCCCUUUUGGAAUAUAUUAAAAAUAGAAAAUUAGAAAAGCAGAGAAUUCGAGAAGAGAAACGAGAGGAACGAAGGCGGAGAGAAUUGGAGAAGAAACGCUUGCGGGAGGAAGAGAAAAGGAAGCGCAGAGAAGAGGAAAGACGUAAAAGGAAAGAAGCAGAGAAGCAAAAGAAAAUUUCCGAAAAAGAAAUAAGGAUCAAGCUUCUUAAGAAGCCUGAAAAAGGAGACGAGCAGGCCAGUGAAAAGCACAAAGAAAAAGAUGAAGAAGCUGACAUUGAAGAAAACAAAUGGGAUAAGUCCCCUGGAUCUGGGAGUAUAAAAUCCAAAUCAUCAGAGGGCUCACUAAAAGAACUUAAGUCACAAAAUGAUAGUGACAAAGAGCAAAGAGAUUUGGAGAGAAGAUUUCAAGAAAAAGAACCUGAAAGACAAAGGUAUCGAUUGGAUGAUGGCAGAAAGCAUAGAGCUCACUAUGAGUUUGACAAGUUUGUGAGAAGGAAUGAAGAAGAGCUGAAAUGGGGGAAAGGAUACAACCAAGACAGAGGAAAGAAAGGGAGCCACAACUACAGCUUCACUGUGGAGGCAGUAGACAAACUGGGUAAAGAGGACAAGUGUGAUGACAUGGCAUCCAAAAAGGAGCGCAUAAGAAAUAAGGAUCGUCCAGCCAUGCAGCUCUACCAGCCAGGAGCUCGCAUUCGAACACAUACGGGAUCUACAAGUAAGACCUAUGACUGCAGUGGGAAAUCUUUCGAAGAUGCUCUUGACAAAAAGUAUGAGGCAGAUAAUUCAGCUGGAGGUGGUUCUGAGAAGAGCGAGGAAGCAGAAUAAAACAAACCAGAGGAAAGACUUGUGAAAAAGGAUGAACUUAAAGAUUUAAUGUCGCUGCAAAAAUCCAUAGGGCUGUUCCAGAUCUCCAACACCAAUAAAAUUAUCAUAGCUCUCUUGUACUUCCUGAGAAAUAAAGGAAAGAGUGACUAGAGAUGUAUAAAAUAUCUUACAGCAAACGAAUAUGGUUGUUUUUUUACAAAAAGCAGAGCAAGCACCAUUUGCCUAAUUUAAAAGCAGUUUGAUGUUAUGUUCGAUUUACCUUGAAAUAUAAAACCUCUAAGAGUUUUAAAGGAGCAUUUAUAUGAAACUUUUCAGAAGCUAUCUCACCGUUUACAGUCUGAAGAAAUGAAACGUGGAUUUGUGUCAGUCCGAAAUCUGAGGCACUUCCAACGUGUUCGGUGCGUGACACGGUGGGCACCGGGUCCCCUCCUGCAAGCAGCGGCGGCGGCUGCUGCUGCAGGGAACCAAAGCUCUGGAGCCAGUGGUGUUUGCAGGAUGAGGCCCACAGUUUGCACAGUUGUGAGGAAUGUCUCUUGGUAUCUGUACCUCAUUGUGUUUACGUUGUUUUUCAAUUAACUGUAGCGUCUGAUGUGUUGUUAAAGCUACAAGUACGUUGUUAGAGCGUUUGUCAUUUUCUGAGCCACUUCUGCCUUUUGCGUUUUAACAGAUCUCGUGCUUAAAGCAGAAAAAAAAAGCUAACACAAACCUCAGCACUUAAACAAUAUGCCUGGUUUUAUUAAAUUAGACGUUUUUCAUGUUUUUGACACUGACUUUUAAAAAAUGGUUGUACAGUGAUGACUUUUUAUAUGCUAACAUUUCGUAUAAAUUGCGGUUGCAGGAUUUGGAAAAUGCAGGAUAUACGGAAGCUCUGAAGUCCUAUUUAUUAAUGAACACCCAAGUGACAACUGCAAACUGCCAUUUUGUAAGAAUGGUCAAAUUCUGCCCCCUGAUGCAGGCAUAUAAAUAUAUAUAUAUUUGUGUGUGUAUAUAUACAGGUAUAUAUAUAUAUAUGCACACACAUAGUGCUUCCAUUGGUUUCAAUGAUAGCCACAUGUUUAGGGAGGGGCAAAACAUGUUCAUUUGUCUUUUAAGGCUGAAAAUUUCUCAGUUGUCUGAAACUGAGACCUGCUUUGUCAAUUAAGUUAAGUAGUAAGAUAAUUUGGUUUUACAUCCUGUUUGAACAUUUUGUUAUUAAGCACAACAUCUAGUUGUUCUAAACUGAAGUUAUUUGUUGUAUUUUCCCAGAUGUUAAGCAUUAAAUAGAAAAAAAAAAAACCAAGAUUUUGGCUGUGAUUUUGAGAAUUGACCUUCUGCAACUUUUUUAUCUAGUAUUCAAAAAAAAAAAAAAAAAACUAAGUAGGAUGCUCUGCUAUUUGGUAUUCUUCAGAUGUAGAUAAAAAUACAGUUGAGAAGAAUUUAAAUACCAAACUACGUAAGUGAGGUGCCAGCUGAAAUUAAUUCAAAGCUGAAGUAAAACAGCUGUUGGAGAAUCAUUUGAUUUUAUCUCCAUCUAAAGUUUAUCUUGUUUACCAAGUUUAUCCUGGCUGCAGAGAAUUUGGUUUGGGUUUUGGGAAGCCUGAGAAGAAAGAGCCUUAACCAGGACAGUUCUCCUGCAGUGGAGUCAGACUGGGCUGAAAUCUACACCAGAUCAGGGUCUGCAUAAAAGCAACCAUUUCCAGCCCAGUGGGAUACCCAGGGGAAGAGGGCAGAGCCCUGCAGGCAUGAGGAGGGAUCUCACUUGUGAGAGAAACACGUAAGACGAGAUUUUUUACAUCCUCAGAAACUUGAACUUGAUAUUUUUGGCCAACAGUGGCUUUCAGGCUAGUCUCUCACCUUCCCGUGAGUGCCUUGAGUAAGUAUCUCUUGGUAGCAUUGUAGGCGAUUAACUAAAUACAGUUUAUUUAGCAGUAAUUUUCCACUUGGGGUUUCAUAUUUGCCAUCUCUUUUAGUUACCAAAGAUCAGAUUUCAAACCCUGACUCAGUAAAAACUGUCAGGGUUUAAACAUCUGCAUCUUUCAAGCAGGGCUGUGGAUCCCUCACUAACCAGGAUACCUGCAUCCUGCUUUAUUGAAUUAUCUGCGCUUUCUGGUCAAUAUAGCACCUUGAAAAGGCAGGUGCAGGGAGGCCAGCCUUUAGUUUACAUCUCCACAUGGAGAGAGCAUCCAGAACAUCCAUAUUCCCUGGGGAGGCCAGGCGGGAGGAGCCGCCACCUGCUCGGUGCUUGCUCAUUUUCCUACGCUCCCCCCAACGACACAAAAUAAAUGCAGGCUUGCGGCCUGGCUUUGUGCAGAGUCAGCGUGGCGUGAGAGCUUUAUUUCCACAAUAGGGACUUUGUUUUGCAAAUUCAGCUUUCGCUGAAAGUGGAUCCAGCUUCCCUGAGAAAUGGGAAUUGCAUCUGGGUACAUCACAGCUGACUUUGGUGCCAUCUGCUUUCUUGCUUGAAAAGUGUAAUGUGCUCUGUUUAAUAAAAAUCUCCACCAGCUUGA